CCAAGCUUGUGGGUGGUCGAGAGUGGGUUCUGGUCCGAGCGUGUCGACAAGCAACGAGUGUAAGCGCGCAAAUAUGAUGUCCGGCGCAGAGCCAACACUGCCCCAACCACCUGACUGGGAGACUGGCUCGACUGGCCAUGUUCGACAACCAACUCUGUCACCCAACACAAUGUACUCGAAACGCCGCGCAUACACGUCUGACCCAUAAUUCCGUCACGGACUGCACCAUGCAGGAACAGAUUCGGGUUUUGCCCAACCUUAUUCCGCCGCGUUAAAAGACACCCCGUCCACCGCUAACCCAUGACCGACGAAUGCGACGCUUGGUCUGACUCCGAAUGCUCCGUGUUACCGCUGCUUGAGCAGUCCUUUUGCGUCCCUGGGCUGCCGGGCGUCCUCGGCCUCACAAAUGGCGGCUCCAGGCCAGCCGCCGUCAAGCUCCCAUCAUUCCGAGCCACGCCCGUCCAUAAGAUCCCCGAGCAGCGCCGGCCGCUCGUUGUCCACCCAACACAGCGCGACACGAACACUUCCUCCAUGGAUUGACUCGUACGAAACCCGAUAUGGCAGGCCGUCAGAGGACCAGCUGCGUGCGCUCACCUCGCCGCCGCCCCGUUUGCUCCCCGCCCAACACAACCACUCGCCAAGCGAAGCCCAGCGCAGAGUGUCAAGAGACGGCUUUGUCUACGAGAACCCCGCCUUUCUGGGGCUCGAGGCGGCGCGGACUUCGAGAGCGAGGCUGCGCAAGUUCCUGACGCGCAAAGAUGGUUCUGAGAGGGGUAGGAAAUGGGACCACUUGCGGUCGGCCGAACCCGUCAUCGUGCCGCGCUUCAGCCGGGCCACGCAGGAAUCGCCAUGGCGAAGCUACGUCUCGUCUUCGCGAUACGGCCGCCUGCCAAACGAGGAGGCGCAGGUUAUCGACCCUGAAGUGCUGGAUAAGCUGCAGCCCGGCCUCAUCGGCCCCGUCGACGUGCCCGACCUCAACGGCGCCAUGGCACGGAAACCGACACGGACAAGGGUGCUCUACAAGCGACUGUGGCGCAUCAUCCUGCGACAUCCGCUCGUCCCGCUUGCCUUCCGGCUGACCGUCUUGCUCACGUCCAUCGUGGCCCUGGCCCUCGGUGUGAAAAUAUACCAACUAGAACACAAAAGCGGCGAGAAUGACGGCUCGUCGGAACUCGCGCAAGCCAUCGUAGCCAUCGUCGUUGACACGGUCGCCAUCCCCUAUAUAGGCUACAUGACGUGGGACGAGUACACAGGCAAGCCGCUGGGGCUGCGGCCAACCACGCAGAAAAUCUCGCUGGUUCUCAUGGACCUGUUCUUUAUAAUCUUCAAAUCUGCGAGCACCGCCCUCGCCUUUGAAGCUUUGAUCUACCAUAAUUCGGGAGACCGGGAGACGAGGCAGUACAGCCAGGCACUGGCCUCUUUUCAGAUUAUCGGCUUGAUGGCAUGGAGUCUCACGUUGUCGGUGAGCGUCUUCCGCUUGGUGCAGAAACUUGCCGGAGGUGAUGACGGCAGGUGAAGGCGUUUGGGUGGUAUUAAAGGCCCUGACAAACAAGGAAUGGAUGGCUCUUGGGUUAAAUGGAUCUCUUUCUGGGGCUGUAAUUCCUUUUGUACUUUUAUUUGGCUUGGAUUGGUAUACCCGCAGUGUUACAGACGACAGUUUAUCAUGUGUGGGUAUGUGCAUUGUUGUAUAUGACUAUGAGGUACUUCUCUUUGAGGUAUUUCUCUUAUAAACGAUAUCAAAGC